UCCUUGGAGCCCCACAAUGACCAUCCCAGGUGAUCUGAAGGAGAAUGAGCGUGUCACUAUAACCUGCUCAGCUGUCACUCCCUGUCCACACUCCCCUCCUGAACUCACCUGGAAUCUCCAACAAGACUCUCACACACAAACAGAGAAAAACAAAGAUGGAACCUUGAAAACUAAAAUCCAGGAGAUCAUCACUCUGUCAGACACACAUGAUGGAUACACCAUCAGCUGUUCUGCCACAUAUCCUGUGAAGGGAGGAAAACCUUUCAAGAAAUCACAGACAGUAAAGACUCUCAGUGUGUCAUAUGCUCCUAAGAACACCUCAGCAUCCAUCAGUCCAGCAGGUUUGGUGUCAGCAGGUAGCUGGGUGAACCUGACCUGCUCCAGCAGAGCCAAUCCUCCCGUCAGCAGCUUCACCUGGUUCAAGAAAAGUGAACAUGGAGACAUGAGAGUAGCUGAAGGAGACUUUUACAGCCUGAAUGUAACAGAUGGAGGAGUUUAUUACUGCAUGGCCAAGAAUGAUCUGGGGAGUCAGACAUCACCAGAUAUCCAUCUAAAUGUUGAAGAUAAAACUUCUCCUUGGAGCCCCACCAUGACCAUCUCAGGUGAUCUGAAGGAGAAUGAGCGUGUCACUAUAACCUGCUCAGCUGUCACUCCCUGUCCACACUCCCCUCCUGAACUCACCUGGAAUCUCCAACAAGAAUCUCACACACAAACAAAGAAAAACAAAGAUGGAACCCUGAGAACUAAAAUUAAGAAGAUCAUCACUCUGUCAGACACACAUGAUGGAUACACCAUCAGCUGUUCUGCCAGAUAUCCUGUGAAUGGAGGAAAACCUUUCAAGACAUCACAGACAGUAAAGACUCUCAGUGUGUCAUAUGCUCCUAAGAACACCUCAGCAUCCAUCAGUCCAGCAGGUUUGGUGUCAGCAGGUAGCUGGGUGAACCUGACCUGCUCCAGCAGAGCCAAUCCUCCCGUCAGCAGCUUCACCUGGUUCAAGAAAAGAGAACAUGGAGACCUGGAAGUAGCUGAAGGAGACUUUUACAGCCUGAAUGUAACAGAUGGAGAAGUUUAUUACUGUGUGGCCAAGAAUAGUGUGGGGAGUCAGACAUCACCAGAUAUAUUAUUUGAUCUGAAUAUCACAGGUAUCACAGGUUCCUCAGCUGCCAACCGAAACAUCGUGUACAUCAGUGUUGGAGGGAUGUCUGUGCCCCUCAUUGUAGGGUCCGACCCCAAAACCUUAGGUGAACCCGGGUAG